CCAUCUUUAUUAUCUGGAACGGCAGACGGCAUCCGGCCAAGAGCACGGCCAGGAGGAAGGGUUUUCCGGGGCCCGAGCCUUUUUGCCAUCUGAAUUACUUUACCCACUUAGUAGCACGGAUUCAGACUGAUGUGCGUACAGCCGGCAGAGAAGCCGCAGCGGUGAGAACGCUGGGCAAGGCCAGCCAGCCUGUUGGCCUGGGCAAGCGGCCUGUUGAGCGGUAGCGGUCUUUGGACUGCCUGAGGAUGUGGAAGCUGCUGGGCAAGCUUCUACUGCUUGGCGCCGCGCGGCGCUGGGCUAAGCGACCCACGGCUGCUGUGGAGACAGCGGCGCUGGUGCUGGUGUUAAAUGAGCGGCGCGUGGGCCGGGGCGCCAAGCGGGAUGUGUUGUUGAGAGCAGCACACAUUAUCUUCCUGCCCGCUGCUGUCAUCAAGACGGUGCGGUUGAUUAAGCGGCUAGCGGACAGCGGCGGCCGAGGCAUCCGCGGCGGCGGCGGCGGCGCCGGCCCCUCCUCGGACCAGCUUGCCGCCGCCACUACUGCCGACGGCGCCGCCGCCUCGGCUGACCCGCUGACGGCGGCGACGGCGCUGCCGCUGCCCACAUUCCGACACCAGCCGCCGCCGCUGCCUAAGCCGAUCCCUCGGAUGGAGUGGGGCCUGGUGCAGGUGCCCGAAUGCGGGCCAGAGUACCAGGCGUGGGCCGAGUGCGUACGCAAUGUGCUGGUACAGCAGGGUGUGCGCUCGCUGCCGCCCGGUUUGGACCCGGACGGGCUGGAGCCGCUGAGGUACAUCCUGUACAACGGCCUGCUGGCGGCCAAGAACCAAUCGGACGCGGUGCGGGGUGUGGCUGCCAGUGCGGUCAAGAUCCAGGGCACCAUGACGUGGCGGGCCAGCUACCCGUUCAUGGGCGAGCAGGAGCUCAAGAGCUGGGAGGACGUGGCCUGGUGGGAGGGCCCCGAUCCCGACGGCACGCUGUGGCUGCACCUGCACCUGCAGCGCGCAGUGGCCCGCUGCGCGCGCGGCGAGGGCCGCCGCUGCAUAGAGGCCAUCAUUAGUCAGCUGGAGUACGGCACCCGUGUGCUCAUGGCGGCGCCGCUGGCGGCGGCAUGGGCGUCCGCCUCGACCUCGGCCACGGCGAGCACGGCCGGGGAACUAGAUCCAGACCGGCUGCACGAGUUGAGAGGCAUGCGGGCCGCCGGCGGCGGGCGUGACCGCGCCGGCGGCGUGGGGGCGGUGGCAGCCGCGGCCGCGGAAGCGGCAGCGGCAAGCGGCCGCCGCAAAGCCGGUGCCGCAGGCGGCGGCGGUGGAAAAAGCAGCGGCGGUGGGACACCGGUCUCGGGGCCUGGGACGCGCACGGCGGCGAUGGCGGGUCGUGUGGAUGACCGCAUCAAGGCGGUGGUGGUGGGCUCGGGCUCCAACGUGCGUCAGGCGCUGCGGCUGUUUCCGCUCAUGCGCGAGUUCAGCCGCCUGGUGCAGCGCCACUACCCGGGCCGGCUGCGGACCAUGUACCUGGCGGACAUGCCGCGGGGCCUGCGCAUGGGUGUGGGCGCCGUACUCAACAUGCUGUCGGUGGAGACGCGGCAGAAGGUCAAGGUGUGCAAGGUCGAGGACCUGCCCGACUGCAUCUCCACGGCGCUGGUCACACACGAGGCCGCGCGGCUAGAGCAGCUGCAGCGCGGCGGCGCAAUCGGGGCCGGAGCCAUGGGAGCCGCCGGCGGAGCCACUGGAGCCCUGCUGCCGGGACGCGCAGGCAUAGCAGCAGGGCUGGUGGGCGCAGGCGGCGGCGGUAGCCACGUGGUGGUGUCGCCAGUGUGGCGGCUUCUGACGUUCGGCUGGGCAGGGUCCGGCAGCGCGGAUGCGGGCGGUGCCGGCGCUGCGGGGCUAGAUGACGACGGCGGCGGCGGCGGCGCGGGCGGGGACACAGACAGCGUGGCAGACAGCUACACGCAUGCCGCUGGCGCCGCUGCCACCGGCGCAGACCUGCACCUGCAUGACCAUGAGGAUCACAUCGUGGGGCAGGGACAGGCCGAAGUGAACGGCUUGGGUGUGGGCGGCGGACAGUGCCUAGCGGGAGCGGCAGAGCAGCUGCUGCAGCUGCGGCUGUGGCUACUGCGGGCGCUGCCAGCGCUGCUUAUGCUGGUGCUGCUGCCUGCCUGCCUCAACUACAAUUCCUACAAGAGCCAGCUGGCGCGGCCGUGAAUAGGAUAAAAGUGUUGAAAGCAUUUUCGAUAAGAGGAUGCGCACCACAGGAGUCGCGGUUUGCGCACGAUGCCCCAUAUGCGACCUGUGCAAGGUGGCCGCGCAUACAGUGGUCGAGCCUAUUGCAGAAGCGAGGGCUGCAGGCAUCCUCUGGAAUGCUCUUGGCGGGCGGGUGGCGUUGGAUGGGCUUGCGGGGCUGCUUUGUAGGCUGGUGUAUAACAAGACAAACACGGUUCAACUUCUUUGGUUUUAUUCCGAGUGGCAAGUGCGUUGUUGGUUGAUUGCUGCUGUUGCUGCAGUGUCGCCAUUGUUCAAGCCCUACAGCUAAGAUGGCGUUUGAGACUGCCGGUGCACAUUCAUGCCACUUAUGCUUGACAUACAUCAUGACACAGCUGUUGGCCAAGUGGACCUGGCAACGCCGUGCGCGAGACGGCUGCGCGGCAAAAUAGGCAGGAUGUGCAGUUUGUAGCACAAGCGGCCGGGAUGAGUAGCACAAGCGGCCGGGAUGAGUAGGCUAGUAUGUACCGUAUACGGCGGAGCAUUGGGAGCGACACCUGGCUGGCAGUGCCUGUACAUUUCGACCCCGGCUUACAGGCUAUGACGCUAUGUGCGGGAAAUGAGGCUACCGUACUUGGGGUAGACAAAAUGGGAGAGUACUCGGCGCAGCCCACCUCCCUUGAGCGGGAGAGCCACCUUUAUUGCUUUCGGCAUGUAACACGUUUGAGGACGCAGCGACUAUGGCGAGAGCCACGAAUGCACCAUCAACAGGGCCAGUUGCAGCCGUGGAGCCGGUAUGCCGCUGACAAGGGUGUGUGCGUGUGGUGGUGGUGAGCAGGCGUGAGAACAUGAAUGCGGGGUACUCCCCGUCCCAGGACAGUGUGCGUCAUGCAUGCGCAUGGGCCAUGGGGCAUCGACGGGACAAGAUCGGAGUCCCUGAGUC